GCCAGCGCCCGCGCCCGCCCGGCGGGGAUCGGCCGUGAGGAGCCCGGGGGCAGUCCUGCAGCAUCCACAUCCUCUACUGUGUGAGAAACGCUGAUCCCAUGAGAGAACUUCCUUUCAAUCACCUGUCUGCUCCUCUGGCACGCUGCUCCUGGCCGGUGAUGAGCCGUUCAGCUGGGCUGGGCUUUCCCCUGGAGAAGGGAGAGGCAGAAUAUGGAUUGUAGAGGUCCCAUCAAGUUCCUCCUGCGCUGUUUGGACCGUGUCUGCCUGUCAGUCUGCUCCUGCUGAGCACACACACUCUCGAGCCUGCUCUGGCAUUCCCAGACUUGCUCCUGUAGAAGAGGACUGGGAUUCCCCAGCAUUAUGGCUUCGGUUUGGAAGAGACUCCAGCGUGUUGGGAAACACGCAUCGAAGUUCCAGUUUGUGGCCUCUUACCAGGAGCUGAUGGUCGAGUGCACCAAGAAAUGGCAGCCAGAUAAACUGGUGGUGGUUUGGACCAGAAGAAGCCGAAGAAAAUCCUCUAAGGCUCACAGCUGGCAGCCUGGAAUCAAGAACCCAUACCGGGGGGUGGUGGUGUGGCCUGUUCCUGAGAACGUGGAGAUCACCGUGACGCUCUUCAAGGAUCCCCAUGCUGAAGAGUUUGAAGACAAAGAGUGGACGUUCGUCAUCGAGAACGAAUCUCCCUCUGGCCGCAGAAAAGCUCUGGCCACCAGCAGCAUCAACAUGAAGCAGUAUGCCAGCCCCAUGCCCACCCAGACAGAUGUCAGGCUGAAAUUCAAGCCCUUGUCUAAGAAAGUGGUGUCUGCCACCCUGCAGUUCUCUUUGUCUUGCAUUUUCCUGAGGGAAGGAAAAGCAACGGAUGAAGACAUGCAAAGCCUGGCUAGUUUGAUGAGUAUGAAACAAGCUGAUAUUGGAAAUCUAGAUGAUUUUGAGGAAGACAAUGAAGAAGAUGAAGAAAACAGAGUGAACCAAGAGGAAAAGGCUGCAAAAAUUACAGAAAUUGUAAACCAGUUGAAUGCUCUGAGCAGCUUAGAUGAAGAUCAAGAUGACUGCCUAAAGCGAGCAAAUAUGCCUUCAGCUAAAUCAGCCAGUUCCUCUGAAGAGCUUAUCAACAAGCUUAACUUUCUGGAUGAAGAGGAGCAGGACCUGGCCAACUCCAGCAUGAACCCCUUUGGUGAGCCUGACACAGGAGAAUUCAAUCCCUUUGGAGACCCUGAUGUGGAAGAAGCAGAUGUGGAGGUAGCCUCCUCUUCAAAGCCAGAAGAAAGGUUCUGUGGUGACCAUUACAAUCCCUUCAAGGAUGAAGAUGCCCCAGAGUACUUGAACCCCUUCGAUGAGCCUGACCCUGAGCCCCAGGCACUUGUGACUGCAAGAGACUCUCCUCCUCAGCCUGCCAAAAGGAAGAACGUCAGACCAGUGGAUAUGAGCAAAUACCUCUAUGCAGAUACCUCUAAAGCUGAAGAGGAAGAGCUAGAUGAAUCAAACCCGUUCUAUGAACCCAAACCAAGCCCUGCUUUAAUUAAAGCUGCUCCUCUGCAAGAACCAGAGAAGAAGAUGAAGAGGAAGGCUCCUGACCCACCACAGCUCUUGCCAAAGACAGAGCCAGGGAGCGAGGGCACGGCGGCCGCUCCCGCAGCGAGGGAGCUGCCUUCUUCUCCUAAGCCAAGCCCAAUACCAAGUCCUGUGCUGGGGAAGAAGCCAAAUGCCAGUCAGUCACUGCUGGUGUGGUGCAAAGAAGUCACCAAAAACUAUAGGGGAGUGAAAAUCACCAAUUUUACCACCUCGUGGAGGAAUGGUUUAUCCUUUUGUGCAAUACUGCAUCACUUUAGACCAGACCUGAUUGACUACAAGUCCCUGAAUCCUCAAGAUAUUAAAGAGAACAACAAAAAGGCGUACGACGGCUUUGCCAGCUUGGGAAUCUCGCGGCUGCUGGAGCCUUCCGACAUGGUGCUGCUGGCCAUCCCUGACAAGCUCACCGUGAUGACCUAUCUCUAUCAAAUCAGGGCACACUUCUGUGGCCAGGAGUUAAACGUGGUCCAGAUCGAGGAGAACAGCAGCAAGAGCACCUACAAAGUGGGUAACUAUGAGACGGACCCCAACAGCUCUGUCGACCAGGAGAAGUUCUACGCGGAGCUGAGCGACCUGAAGCGGGAGCCCGAGCUGCACCCCCCAGACGGCGCCUUGGCAGACUUUGCUUCCCAGGACGACUCCGUCUUCGUCAACGACAGCGGCGUGGGCGAGUCUGAGAGCGAGCACCAGACUCCUGACGACCACCUGAGCCCCAGCACGGCCUCCCCUUCCUCCCGCAGGACUCGAAGCGACCCCGAUCCGCAGAAGUCGCAGCAGAGCUCCGGGAGGACCUCUGCCUCUGAGGACGUGGGGAAGUGGAGCGGCACCGACGCGACGCAAGCGCCGCCGGCGCCGGGGAGGAAGAAGCUGCUGGUAGCUGACGCCCUGGACUUGAGCGACCUGGCACACGUCGGCGACCAGAAGGAGGACGUGUCUCCCACGGUCCCUCGCGAAGAGAACAGCAAGAGGAGACACCAGAGCUCAGACAGCACCGGGGGCUUCGCGGAGCAAGAGCAGCUGGGACGCCUGGCAGCUGCGGAGAGCACGAGGGCAGAGCCUGGCUCACCCGUCACAAAGCCCGGUUUGUCUCCCACUGCUCAGCUUGGAUACUCCUCUCAUAAGGACAUGGACCUUGCGAAGAAGCCUCCUGCUUCUCCGAGGCAAGCGGAGUCUGACUCUGACAGCGAGGCCAGGACGGCUUUCAGUCAGGUGGAUCUAACUGCAAAAACAGCCCAGCAACGAAUGUUGUCAAGACAGGAAGAGCUCAAAGAGCGAGCUAGAGUCCUGCUGGAGCAAGCAAGAAGAGAUGCAGCUCUAAAGGCAGGGACCAAGCAGCUGAGCAAUGCCAUCGCCCCCACCCGUGGCAAGCAGCUGAACGACCAGCAAGAUGAAGAGCGGCGUCGGCAGCUGAGAGAGAGAGCUCGUCAGCUAAUAGCAGAAGCUCGAUCUGGAGUGAAGAUGUCAGAACUUCCUAGCUACGGGGAAACGGCUGCAGAAAAGUUGAAAGAAAGGUCAAAGGCAUCUGGAGAUGAGGAUGAGGAUGAUGAUAAUAUUGAGAUAGAUACUAACGAGGAGGCUCCUGAAUGCUCUGUUACUGGAGGUGGAGAUGAGCUUACUAACCUAGAAAAUGACCUUGAUUCCAUGGUCGUUGGUUUUCAGUGUCGCAUCUGUCCGCAUCUGUCAGUCCUGUUGCCACAAGGCUGCCAACAAAACAGUAAGUUGGUGGAUUUGAAGCUGAAGAAGCUCCUAGAAGCUCAGCCACAGGUGGCAAAUUCACUCUCCAGCGCUGCUCAGAAAGCUGUAACUGAUAGCUCAGAGCAAGACGUUAAGAACGGAGCCGAGGAGCAGCGUGCUGAGCGAUUACAAAAAGCAGCGGACCGGUUUCGCAGCCCCGUUGUGUUCGGCAAGGACUCUGCCGUCAGGAAAACCCAGCUCCAGUCCUUCAGUCAGUACGUGGAGAGCAGACCAGAGAUGAAAAGGCAGAGAUCAAUCCAGGAAGAUACAAAGAGAGGAAAUGAGGAGAAGGCUGCGAUAACUGAGACUCAGAGGAAGCCAUCAGAAGAUGAAGUGCUUAAUAAAGGGUUCAAAGACACCAGUCAGUAUGUUGUAGGAGAAUUGGCAGCACUAGAGAAUGAGCAAAAGCAAAUUGACACCCGUGCCGCGCUGGUGGAGAAGCGCCUUCGCUAUCUCAUGGACACAGGAAGGAACACGGAAGAAGAAGAAGCUAUGAUGCAGGAGUGGUUCAUGCUGGUUAACAAGAAGAAUGCCUUAAUAAGACGGAUGAAUCAGCUCUCCCUGCUGGAAAAAGAACAUGACCUGGAACGGCGCUACGAGCUGCUGAACCGGGAGCUGAGAGCCAUGCUGGCUAUCGAAGACUGGCAGAAGACUGAGGCGCAGAAGAGGCGGGAGCAGCUUCUGCUGGACGAACUCGUUAUUCUCGUUAACAAACGGGACGCGCUGGUCAGGGACCUGGACGCCCAGGAGAAGCAGGCCGAGGAAGAGGAUGAGCAUUUGGAGAGGACCCUCGAGCAAAACAAAGGCAAGAUGGCCAAGAAGGAAGAAAAAUGUGUCCUCCAGUGAGCGGCCUUCCCGCGGCCCUGGC